AUGGCGUCUCCGGCGGUGUCCGUGGUCUGCGUGGGCAUGGCAGGCUCCGGAAAGACAACCUUCAUGCAGAGGAUCAACUCGCACCUUCACUCGAAGAAGACUGUCCCCUACGUGAUGAACCUCGACCCUGCGGUGCACUCGGUUCCUUUCGAAAGUAACAUUGAUAUCCGUGAUUCGAUCAACUACAAGGAAGUGAUGAAACAGUACAACCUGGGUCCCAACGGAGGAAUUUUGACAUCUCUGAACUUGUUCGCUACCAAGGUUGAUCAAAUCAUUGCCCUUCUUGAGAAGCGUACCGCCCCGAACACCGAGAACCCCUCCGCAAAGCCAGUCGAACACAUUCUGGUCGACACACCCGGCCAGAUUGAAGUAUUUGUAUGGAGCGCAUCAGGCAGUAUCUUUUUGGAAACUCUCGCGUCGUCAUUCCCAACUGUCAUCGCAUAUAUCAUCGAUACCCCUCGCGCUAGCUCGACCAGCACAUUCAUGAGCAACAUGCUGUACGCCUGCAGUAUCCUCUACAAGACCAAGCUUCCGAUGAUCCUAGUCUUCAAUAAGACCGACGUUAGGGAUGCUGAGUUCGCUAAGGAGUGGAUGACCGACUUUGACAAGUUCCAAGCCGCCCUGCGCGAGGAGGAGGAAGCUGGUGCCUUUGGAGGCGAGGGCGGUGCCGGCGGGUUCGGCGCCGGAAGCGGAUACAUGGGUUCCCUUCUGAACAGCAUGAGUCUGAUGUUAGAGGAGUUCUAUCGGCACUUGAGCGUCGUUGGUGUGAGCUCCAUGACCGGUGAUGGUGUUGAUGAGUUCUUCGAAGCCGUUGAGACGAAGCGCCAGGAAUUCGAGCGCGAUUAUAAGCCCGAACUUGAGCGGAAGAGAAAGGAGCGUGAAGAGCAAAAGUCUUCGCAGCGAGAAUUGGAGCUCGGUAAGCUUAUGAAGGACAUGAGUGUGUCUGGAUCAGCCGGCAAAGAUCGCAAGGGUCCUGAGACCGGACCAGAGACUGUCAGCGAAGCCGAAGAUGAGGAGGAAGAUGAGAUCAUUAAGCGAGGUCUGGCCGAUGGCGAGGACUUCAGUGAUGGCGAUUAUGAAUACGAUUACAGACCCAGUGCAGGCGAUGAUGAAGGCCUAUCUGAACGGUACAAGCAGGCUCUGUCGGGUUCCCAGAGUGUCCCAUCCGAGGCAGACAGCAGCUUUGCCCGGUACCUGAGGGCCAGCAAUGUUAAUCAAUGA